AGAAGAUGAGAUAAAACGCUAUUCAUUGAUAUUUUUAAAAAAUAUUUGUAAAAUAUUGCCAUAGAUCAAGAUGGCAUCAAUAUUCUAUCACAUUAUCUUCUUUUGCAUAUUUAUCCUGAGAACAACAACUGCUUUGGAUGGUAGUUUCUACCAAAACUAUUAUCCUUAUACUACAGAUUCGACCACUUUAAGCUUCUUGACGGAGGAGGAAAUGAUGAAGCGCAACUCACGUUGGAUCAAUUCUCAGGGGCUGGAUUUAUGUCUAAGUUAGAGUUUCAAUGGGGAAGGUUCCACAUGAGAAUGAAGAUACCCAAACCAAAAACUAAAGGAAUCAUUCCAAACUUCUACGUAAUCGUUUCAUUGCAAAUUGAUCUAUCAUUUCAUUUUUAUGAAUUACAACGUCUUGCCGUUAUUAUAAGUUUUUUUUUUAAUUUAUCCUAAGUUUCAUUUAGUAUGUUUUUACAAUUAAAACUAAAAUUUUAAAAACAUAUUUUCACAUUUAUUGUAUUAUCAUUUUUAAGAUUUUAUUUUCAAUUAAAAGAGUACAAUAAGAGAAUUUAGAAUAAAUCAAAAUACACAAUAUCGCAAUGUAUAGAAUACAUAAGUGAAUCAAAUCUAAAAGAAACAAAUUAAUAUUGAGAUGUAUAGAAUUUGUAAUGAUUUGGAUGUUCACAAAUUAACCGCAGUUAAUAUCGCGCAAAAAGACAGAUGAUCAUACGGAGCUUGACUUCGAGUUCUUGGGGACGACAGGGAUUUUGCAAACAAACAUGUUUGCAAAUGAUUUCGGGGGAAGAGAGCAACGUUUUCAUCUCUGGUUCGAUCCUUCUGAGGAUUUCCACUCUUACAGCAUCUUAUGGAAUCAGCAUCAAGUUGUAUUUUUUGUGGAUGAUUUUCCGAUUACUGUGUUCAAGAAUAACUCGGCGAUCGGAGGGAAGUUUCCGUCGGAGCCAUUGCAUAUAGAGGCCACGAUAUGGAAUGGAACUUGGGCGGGAAAUGUGAAUUGGAGUCUUUCCCCUUUCACUACUUAUUACCAGAAUUUCACAAUAACCGGCUGCCAAGCUGAUUAUCUUCACCCUGAGAAAUGUUCAUCCCCUGAGUUCGAAUGGAAUGAGGAAGAUCAAUGGGAACUUAAUCCACGACAGAGACAACAACUUCGUGACAUCCGAAAACUCCACAUGUUUUAUGAUUACUGCGACCAAGUCAAUGCCACUUUGACAUAUCCAGAAUGUGCUGUUUCUAAAAUGUAA